CGGGCGUGGUGGCUCACGCCUGUAAUCCCAGCACUUUGGGGGGCCAAGGGAGGUAGAUCACCUGAGGUCAGGAGCUCGAGACCAGCCUGGCCAACAUGGUGAAACCCCGUCUCUACUAAAAAUACAAAAUUUAGCCGGGUGUGGUGGCACGCACCUGUAAUCCCAGCUACUCGGGAGGCUGAGGCAGGAGAAUCACUUGAACCCAGGAGGCGGAGGUUGUAGUGAGCUGAGAUCGUGCCAUUGCACUCCAGCCUGGGCGACAAGAGCAAGACUCCGGCUCAAAAAAAAAAAAAAAAAAAAAUUUUUGCUUUUGGGGCCAAGCACGAUGACUCAUGCCUGUAAUCCCAGUACUUUGGGAGGCCAAGGCAGGCAGAUUGCUUGAGCUCAGGAGUUGGGAGGCCAGCCUGGGCAACAUGGUGAAAGCGGUCUCUACAAAAAAAAUACUAAACCUAGCCAGGCGAGGUGACACACCUGUAGUCCCAGCUACUUAGGAGGCUGAGGUGGGAGGAUCGAUUGAGCCCAGGAGGUCAAGGCUGCAGUGAGCUGUGAUGGCGCCAUUGCACUCCAGCCUGGGUGACAAAAUGAGACCGUCUCAAAAAAAAAAUUUUUUUUUUUACUUUUGUAAAAAAUACAAAGGCAAGUGGAAGGGAUGGUGCUGCUGACAAGGAAUGAAUCUCAUACUUGGAAUGCAUUUUAGAGGCUCAUUGGGUUGGAAGAGGCAGAACUCUAGCUCAUGGGACUGCAGCUGGCCUGCCUGUUCAGAGAGAACCACAUUUUUAAAUGUCGAAAGUGUAGGCGAUGGGUCAGUUAUGAGAAAAAGGUGCAACAUGGCAUAGAGCCGUACGAUGCUUCAUAUUCUGAGUCUGGAGCCCCCACCGUCCCACCCUGUGGUGGUGGCCCACCUCCUGCCCCCACCCUUCAGGCCAUGGGAGGGCUGGAGAUGCUGUGAGGUGUAGGAUCCUCUGGCACGGCACCGGCCCACGCGGGGGUGCGGCACAUGCUGGUCGCGUUCCUCUCCAGGGAGGAGCUGCUAGAAAGCAGAGCUAAGCCCACAGUUGCUGUUGCUGGUCAGAGCUGGAGUGGCGUGACGGGCACUCCCAGGGUCUUAGAACAUGGCCAGAUGGGACAAAGCCAGGAGGCCAGAUGGGGGACAUGCUGAGGGACCGAGUCUUCGAGGGGAGGGCCUUUGUCCUGUCCACCAUUGCACCCAGCACAGAGCUCAUGGAUAGACAGGAAAACAAACUGCUCUCAAGUACCAUCUAUAGUACUACAAUACCGCCAUGUCACCGGCCUGGUGUCGAAAGGCCAUUUUCGGCUGGAAUGACAGCCACUCCCACCCCCACCCUGGGGUAAUCUCAGUUUCCCUGCUCCUUGCACUGCCCUCGGUCCUGUGGCUCUCUCUGCCACCCGCACCCCCACCAGCACCUCUGCCGCCUUCUCUCCCUCAGCUUUUCCCUGGGGAGGAGAGGACCAAAGUCACUGGGGAGCUCUCAGACCGACAUCCUGACCUCUGGAGAUGGGGCAGAAUCCCCAGGCCCCAGAGCAGCCUUCGGAGGGUCCCAAGGAUGUAGGCUGGGUCCUACGCCAGUCCAGACUGCCAGCCGCGUCACCUUGAGGCAGGGUGGGGCAGAGACUUCAGUCUGCUUGCCCUGAAUGCACUUAGUAAGCACUCAAAAAAUAAUGUGAAAUGAUGACUUAGAGGCCCAAGCUCCAGCCUGGGAUUCUGGAGUCCUAGGCCCUGCCCAGGCUCUGUCACUGCUGGGCUGUGUAACUGCAGGCAAGUGACUUCCCCUCUCUGGGUGUCAAUGCCCUCAUCUCUAAAAGGAGAGGAUGAACCAGAACACGAGUUCUGAACCUGGAACCCAUGGCAGGGAUUAAGGGGACUCGGACCUCCUCAGAAAACACCUGUGUGUUCUUCCCAGUAUGCACUAGCUUUUCUGGAGAGCUCAUAGCUUCCUAGGGCUGUGGUAAUAAACCAUUGUAAACAGGGUGGUUUGAAACAACCUAAGUCUGUUCCUAGCUGGCUGCGGUGGCCCACGCCUGUAAUCCCAGCACUUUGGAAGGUCAAGGCCAGUUGAUCACUUGAGCCCAGGAGUUCUAGACCAGCAUAGGCAGCAUAGUGAGACUCCCAACCUGUAAAAAAAAAAAAAAACAAAGAAAACAAAGAAAAAAUAGCUGGACAUGGUGUUGCAUGCCUGAAGUCCCAGCUACUUGGGAGGCCGAGGCAGGAGGAUUGCUUGAGCUUAGGAAGUCGAGGCUGCAGUGAGCUGUGAUUGCCUGGUUAACAGAGGGAGACCCUGUCUCAAAAACCAAAAAGUUUACUGUGUCACAGUUGUGGAGGCCAGAUGUCUGAGAUAAAGGUGUGGGCAAGGCCACACCCCCUCUGAAGGCACUAGGGAGAGAUCCGCCCCACACCUCUCUUCCUGGCUUGUCAAUGCCGUCUUCUCCCUGCAUCUCUUCACAUUGACUUCCCUUGGUGUCUGUCGACAUGCCCAAAUUCCCCCCUUUUAUAAGGACACGAGUCAGAUUGGAUUCAGGGCCCACCCUACUCAAGUAUGACCUCAUCUUAAUUACAUCUGCAACAACCCUAUUUCCAAAUAAGGUCACAUUCUGAGGUCCUGGGGGUUAGGACUCAGGGCUCUCCAGGGUCCUCCGUAUCUCUGAGGUCUCUUAGAGGGGAGAUGGAGGGACCAGCCCAGGAAUCAAAGCCAAGCUGAGGGGGAGCUGCUAAGGUUUCAUGGGCUGACUGCAUCUGCCUGGCUUUCUGAUGUGGAGAGGGCUGGUUUCCGUGAUCCCAGUGUCCACUCUGGCUCUCCCUUGCGCAAUAGGAGCAGCUCCUUCUGUUGCUUGCCCGCUGCACGCCAGGCACCAUGCGGCCCUCCAUGCUCACAGGGCUGGCCUGCACAGCACCUUUAGCUGGAAGCUGGGCCAUUCCUAAUUUACAGACAGACCUGAGGUUAAGGAGACCGUGGCUGGUCACCCACCAAUAGGUGCCAGAGGCUGAACUUGAAUCCAGCUUUCUCAACUCCAGGGUGCGCCGUGCCUUUCAACCUGGGGCCUGUGCAGAUUAUUUUGCCUGUGCCUGUGACUUCUCUCAAAAGACUGGCCCAGCCAGGGCCCAUCUCUCUUAGGCCUUCCUCCCCACAGAGGCCAAAAGCCCUGGGAGCACAGUGCAUGCUCAGCAAAGACCUCCACUCAUUCACUCGGGGAAUCAUGGCCACCUUCAUGUGCCUGGUAGAGUUCUGUUGUGGGGGCACUUGCUGACAGUGGCAAGUGUUAGAUGAUGUUAGCAUGGUCACUGAGAUGGUCAGCCUCCCAAGGAAGGGAUGCUUCAGCCAGGGUCCAAAUGACCUCAGGGACAAGCAGGGCAGAGGCCCGGGAGGUGUCAAGGCUGGAUGGGGAUGGAGGCGGGUCCUGGGGAGGGUGUCAGGUGAGAGCAAGCAGGUAGUCAGGAGCACACGGGGCACUGGAACAGAAUAAGGGGAUUGGGUGCCAUUCUACGCCAGCUGGAUAGCCAUUGCAGGGCUUUGCUGAGAGGUGACCAGGUUCUGGUCUGAAGAGGUCCGCCCCAGCUGUAAAAAUCAGUUGGCAGUGGUGGUGAUGGAGGCUGGAGAUGGGAGACCCCUAGGAAGCUGAUGUGGUGCUUAGGCCCGGGAGGAUGGUGCUUGACUUUGAGUUGAAGAAAGGAGCUGGUGAUGGAUCUGGGCCACAUUUAGGAGGGAGCGCCACCAGGACUGACACGGAUUGGGCUGGGGGAGUGGUAAGGAAGGGAAUGGAGGGUGUUACUAGCAGGCUUUUGGCUUGUGCGGCUCCAGAGCUCAUGUGGUGCUGUUGAAGAUGGGGGAUGCUGGAAUGGAGCUGUUAGGGGUGGAAUUUAGGUCCAUGGCUGCUGCUGCAGCAACUCGAGUUGUCUCGGGACAGCUGCUGGGACACUUAGGGAGGACUGUGGCCCCACUGGGGAGGCAUCCUGAGCGCUCUCCCCCCGCCCCCCGUCUUCUCCUCUGAUUCCCUAAGCUCCAACUUGGAGAGCCUGCUGGACACCAGCCAGUCCUGGGGGGCGAAGGGGUCUUGGUGUGGCCCCCACUGCCUCCCGGGCUCAGUGGCGGGUGUGUGGCCAGCCCUAGCAUCCCGCCAGCCUUCCCGGCCACAGCCUCAGCCCCGGCUGCAGGAAGAUGUUUUGCUGCCACCUUGUGGGCAAGAAGGGCCUGACUGUUUGGGAGGGCCACGGUGGUUCUGGGACCACACCUGGCUGCUGGUGGUUCUGCUCCACACCCUGCGGAGCUGGCCACAAGCUCCGGCUUUCAGGAGAAGGCUUAUCCAUCCUCCCUCAUCUCCUCGAAAGAAAUCUGCCAACUCCCUGUGGGCCACGUGGGCUGCAGCGGGCACAGCCAGGGCUCACCAGUGGAUCAAGCAACACACACCUGGAGGCGACCAGUUCCCACAUCCUCAGGACCAGCUUUCUCUUUCUGGCAGGGUCUCACACCUCACACCUGCCCAGGGGUGUUCUCUCUCCCCGUCAUGACCCCCCCGGCCCCUCACCCCCCUGUGCACACGCAAGCAGGGCACCCGAGGCCCAGGCCAGCACAGAAACUGGGCAUAACUAGAGUCGGCUUUUCCUCCUGACAUCCAGGUAGUCCACAGAAGGGGGUCUUGAGCCCGGCUUCUGCGCUCUCAGGCUGUGUUCGUCCUGCCCCAGGAUGCACACUGCGGGCGUUUGUGAGAGAUUUCCUCUUAGUCCCCCAGAAACUGCCAUGGAGCCUCUCAGCCCCUGAGAGUCACAUUCAGUCCAGCGUUUCCGGUGGCCUUAAUAAACAGAGAACUGACGUGAGGGCUUGUGUUGUGGGAUUUCAGUACUGUUCGUGUAGUCCCAGCCUGGAGCUUUUUAGGGUUGUCCUAAUUUCCUUCGGGCCCAGUAGGUAGUGGCUGUCUGUGUCGAGCACAGCUGUGUUUGCUGCGUGUCUUUGGAGCAGAAUCUUAUCAGGCACAACAGAGACCUUAUCUCUGACCCUGGGCUGAACCAAUGAGGAAAAGAGGUGUGUGCCUGCAGCUGUUCUCCUUUUCGGGGUCUUUGACUGGCUUGAUGUCCUGAGACAUUUAUGUGGGAGCAGGUGCCGUUCCCUGUCUAGUUUCUCCGGGUCAGGAAAGGUUUCUGGGGAAAAGGACUGGGAAGGAGGGGGCAGCCAGGUGAGGAAGAGGAAGCUGUUCUGGGUUUGGGAGUUGACCCAGGUGGCACUUUCUCCUUGGACUGAUUCUGCAGGUGCAGUGGGACUACAUGUCUUCUGAGACUGUAAGAUGUUCUUUUGGGGACUGGGAUUGCUGCCUGCCUUCCCCGAGACGUGUGUGUGUGUGUGUGUGUGUGUGUGUGUGUGUCUGUCUGUGUGUGUCUGUGUCCAGCAUGUGUGCAGCUGGGGCCUUAACCCCCUUCUUUCCCAUCCUACUGUUCUCCCACUGAAAGAGGCAGCUAGGUUCUAAAGUGAUCCAUCCCCUGUCGGGUACCGUGUCCCCAUCCCCUCUCCGUCUCCAGAGGUCGGCUCCCAUAGCUGCUGUCCUGUGCUUGCUUCUUAUUUAUUGAGACAGGGUCUCACUCUGUGGCCCAGGCUGGAAUGCAGUGGCUCCAUCUUGGCUCACGGCAACCUGGACCCUCUGGGCUCAAGUGAUCCUCCCACCUCAGCCUCUCAAGUAGCUGGGACCACAGGCUCGUGCCACCAUGCCUGGCUAAUUUUUCAUAUUUUUUUUGUAGAGACGGGGUUUCACCAUGUUGCCCAGGCUGGUCUCCAACUCCUGGACUCAAGUGAUCUGCCUGCCUCAGCCUCCCAAAGCGCUGGGAUUACAGGCGCGAGACACGGUGCCUAAUUUUUUGUAUUUUUAGUAGAGAUGGGGUUUCACUAUGUUGGCCAGGCUGGUCUCGGACUCCUGACCUCAUGUGAUCCGCCUGCCUCGGCCUCCCAAAGUGUUGGGAUUACAGGUGUGAGCCACCGCGCCCGACCCUUUGCUUGCAUUUUCACUGGCUUGCAGGAUGAGCUUGUGAGUGGGCAGCCUUAUUCUUUGGCAGAACAGCCAUUCCCUGUUGUGCGUGAGAGAGAGGGCAGAUACACGCAGAUAGGGAAGUCAAGGCAGAAUGUGUUUCCUUUUGAUCUGCAGCUCAGUGACGUUGGCCGGCUUCACUGAGUUGUGUUCUUGUCUCUGUACCUGCCUGGGGACCUGGGAAGGGCCCCUCUGCUGGUACUUCCAUUGUGGGGGGAACAUGCAUCCCAUACAGGAAGAAGCCGUCUUCACCAGCGCUAAUAACUAGUCCCACGGAAAUACAAACUCACCACCAGGGCCUCUCCAGGCCUGGGAGAUCCAGCCCAGGACUUGGGAAUUUCCAGCGCUCUUUUCUGCAGGGAGCACCUAGGAUGGAGAGGCCCUGCCUUCCUUAGGCAUUCCCACUCAGCCCCUCAGGAAUGUGCCACUUGUAUCUCCCACUUGGCUCUGACCAGGUCCAUGGAAUUCUAAAGCUGAAAGGGACGCUGGGAGUUGGGCUGGACUAGGGGUGGAGGAAAGUGGGCAGUAUUGUCUUUUUAAAGGAAAUGCAAGCCCCUCGUCCCUUGCCACUACUUAAACUGGUUUCUCCUGAUCCGUGGCUGGUAUUGAGGCAGCCAGUGGUUUCUGACUUUAUGGAUGACCGGAAACUGGCUGGGCUUCAGAGUCUGGGAGAGGACUGAUGUUUACAAUGCAGUGUCAAUCACAGCCGGGGAGCUCUUGCCUCCAAUUCUGGGUGAGUCCUGGGUUUACUGGGUGUCCAGGCAGCCCACAGUCAUGAAUUGGAAGGGCCUCGGAGCCUGGAGGAGUGUUUUCAUUUACAGAACGUCAGGCUGGAGCCAGUACCGCAGGCUACCACUUGAUCUCAGCCCAUCAUCCCGACAGGAGGUGAGACCCAGUGAGCAGCAGGGGCCUGGAGAGGUCCGGGCCUCAGAAGUGAGUCACUCACCCAGAACUGCAGCGGAGGUUAUCUUUGACUUCUCUGCUGCCCUUAGGCAGGACGCUUAACUCAGUCCAGACAGAUGAGUAUCUUCUGGAUUGUAUAAUCUCCAAAGAAGACAGCCUCAGUCAUCAACAGAAACCGACUGUAGCAGCCAGCAACUCUCGACCUCAGAAUGUCAGAGCCGAAACUAAGACAGGACCACCUCGUUGAAGCUCGCGUGCUGCAGACGAGGACACGCGCGCAGACCCGGCAUGGCUGCCUCUGACGUCUCACUCAGGCUUGUCAUACUUCUGAGCCUCAUGUUCUUGGCUCUUCUGGCUCUUCCUUUGAAGAAUGAGAAAUGGCCCACUUUUCUCCAAAAUGGGGCCCAGUGUGUGGUGGACUGAGGACUGUUAUUUAGUUGGCCUGCUCGUAAUGACAGCUCCUCACCUACCUGCCGGAUCCUAGGAGGCGCCCUGGGCUGGAAUUUCCUGUUUUCGAGGGCUCCCGGGGGCUGCCCCAGCAGGCCGGCUCCCCCGCGCCGCGCCGCCGUUCCCGGCCGUUCCAGGCCAGACUUGCCGCCUCUCUCUCCGGGCUGGGCUGACUCCCGGCCUCUCCAGGUCUGGGCUUGCCGGCCGCGAGGUGGAGGAGUUGAGGGACUCGGUCGGCCCACACCAGGUGCCCAGAGGCCGGAGGUCCGUGCGCCCCGGCCGCGGCCCCGGCCCGGGCCCAGCCCCGUGCCCCUCGCCAUGGGCCUGGCCCGCGCCCGCCGGCCCUGAGCAUGGAGCGGGGCUGGCCGCAGGGGGACAGCUGUCCCGGGGAGCGGCCCGCCGCUUGCCGCCGCGCCCACAGCGUCUGCGACUCGCUGGACCUGCACGGCGCCUCGGCCGGCCGCGCUGCCGCCGCCCUGCAGGCCGCCCUCUGCGCCGCCAGUGAGCAGCCGGCGCGGCCGCGGAGCGUGUGCUCGGGCGGCCCGGAGCCGCCGCCCACCGGCGCCCGCGGCCUUUUGCUCGGCCUCCUGCGCCCGCGCCUCGGCCGCCGGGGCCUGGCGCCCUCGGGACCGCCCGUCUCGCCUGCGCCCAGCCCCGCGUCCAGCCCCGCGCCGACCCGGCGCAGCCGCACCCGCGGGGAGCCGACUCCGCGGCCCCGGCCGGCCAGCAUGACUUUCCUGGAGGUGAACCGUCUGGAGCUGGCGGCCGCCGAGGCGCCGGGCGCGGGUCUGGGGCGCGCGGGCAGCGCGGGCUUCCUGCGCGGCGCGGCGUUGUGGAGCAGCCAGCGCUGGCCGGAGGGGCCCCGGCGCGGCCUGGCGGCGCUGAGGAAGAGCUUCAGCUUCCGCCUGCGCCGCGGCCAGGAGGUGCGGCGCUCCGAGUCGGGGCUGCUGGCCCGGCCGCCCCGCGCGCGCACCCGUAGCGACGGCGACGCCGGCUCCCUAGGCGCCUUCCCCAGCCGCCGCGACCUGCUGGGCGCCGACGCCCCGCGCGCAGCGCCGGAGCCCGGCCGCCCCCGCACCGCCGCCGGCCUCUGGAGGCUGCUCACCAGCCGCUUCCGCCGGAGGGAGCCCGCGCCCGCCGCGCCGCUGUGGAGCCGUCGGGCGGCUGCGGCCCCGGAGCUCCUGCGCGCGCCCAGCGACUCGUUUGUGAACAGCCAGGAGUGGACGCUGAGCCGCUCCGUACCGGAGCUUAAAGUGGGCAUAGUGGGGAACCUGUCUAGCGGGAAGUCAGCCCUGGUGCACCGCUAUCUGACGGGGACCUAUGUCCAGGAGGAGUCCCCUGAAGGGGGGCGGUUUAAGAAGGAGAUUGUGGUGGAUGGCCAGAGUUACCUGCUGCUGAUCCGAGAUGAAGGAGGCCCCCCUGAGCUCCAGUUUGCUGCCUGGGUGGAUGCAGUGGUGUUUGUGUUCAGCCUGGAGGAUGAAAUCAGUUUCCAGACGGUGUACAACUACUUCCUGCGUCUCUGCAGCUUCCGCAACGCCAGCGAGGUGCCCAUGGUGCUUGUGGGCACGCAGGAUGCCAUCAGCGCUGCGAAUCCCCGGGUUAUCGACGACAGCAGAGCCCGCAAGCUCUCCACAGAUCUGAAGCGGUGCACCUACUAUGAGACGUGCGCGACCUACGGGCUCAAUGUGGAGCGUGUCUUCCAGGACGUGGCCCAGAAGGUAGUGGCCUUGCGAAAGAAGCAGCAACUGGCCAUCGGGCCCUGCAAGUCACUGCCCAACUCGCCCAGCCACUCGGCCGUGUCCGCCGCCUCCAUCCCGGCCGUGCACAUCAACCAGGCCACGAAUGGCGGCGGCAGCGCCUUCAGCGACUACUCGUCCUCAGUCCCCUCCACCCCCAGCAUCAGCCAGCGGGAGCUGCGCAUCGAGACCAUCGCUGCCUCCUCCACCCCCACACCCAUCCGAAAGCAGUCCAAGCGGCGCUCCAACAUCUUCACGAUAUGUGCCACUGUUUCCAACUUUUCAUCAACAAAAAGGCCUUUCCAACUCCUUCCAAAUUAGAAGACCAGUUGGUGACACACAGCACCUCUGGACAUGCCCCCUGUGCGGGGCCGGAGGCGGGCCGGGCCCUGGGACUGCUCUCAGAUGAGAAGCGGCCGCCGAGCUCCCCACUCCAGAGACCCACGGGAACCUUUGUAACUAACCCCACCCCCAGGGAAGGCUAGGAGCGCCGGAGCCCGCGCUGGGGGCUGCCGGGGACCAGGCCCGGCCGGACGCUGCAGGCUCGCUGCAUGGAGAAGAAGGCAGCUCGGCCCCACGCCCGGCGCUGGCCAGCGCGACGAGGCCCAGAGGGGCGGGGGAGUCCAAGCCCGCCCGGCCCGGCUGCUCCUGGGGGGCGCUUUCCUGCCCCUCCCCUCCUCUGCUCCUUCCUGCAUGGACCUCUGCCGUUCCUGCUCCUGCUCCGGAAGCCGCCGCCGCCGCCGCGCUUGCCUUGCCCCCUCUUUUUGGCCUCCCCCUAUUUCCUAGGAUCCGCAUUCGGGUGGACUCUGCCCCAGGAGCUUGACAGGGUGCAGGGCCUCUUCUGGCCUCUCUCCUCUCUCUGUCCAUCCACUGUGCCCCUUGGGCCACGCCGACGCGCUCGGUGCCACGUGCCGUGUGGUGUCUGUGCCGCAGACGGGCCAUCUGCCCGCUCACUUGUGGACUUUGCGCUCCCGGUUGUCGCGCCCUGUGCUCCCGACCAGCAGCCCCACCGUCCACCUCCUCGCCCCCGCUUCUCUUACGCCCCCGCCCCGGGCGUGCUCCUCGCGCCCUCGGCCUCUCUGUCCUUGCUCUUUUGUAAGGGGCGGGCCCGGCUCAGUGACCUGUGCUGCUCUGUAUGGUGCCGUGUGUAAGAAUAAACCCGUUGGAAUACU